AUGGUUACAUUCUUACUGGAUAAUGAAGAAAGAUCAAGAAUAUUUGAAUACCAAUCAGUUAGGAGUAGAGCAUUUUCACAUCGGUGUGCUGAAAAAAAUUUUAACAGUAAAAUUCAGUUGAAAGUCGGCUCAUUUUUUGGGUUUCAUGCUUUUAUUAAAGACGAACAAGACCCGGAUUUUAAAAGAGAACUACGUCAUAGCUCAAGUCAAUUGGUGACGGUAGUAGACGUGAGAAAAGUAUACUUUAGUAUCAAAAACAUACGAAGCUCAUGGAUUUUGGAAAGGAACAACGGAUUUCACCCAGGGUCUAUCAAUUAG